AUGGGGUGCUUAUUAAGCACAAAUAAAUCAAACCCAUCUUCAAAAUUGCACCAACAUUCGUCGAGCUUCAACAGAGCUCCGUCGCCGGUGGACGUCGAAACUGUAAAAGAAGUACUUUCCGAAACCCCAACUCAAAACGCAUUUUCAAAACCUGAAAAUGAUCCCAAAAAGAUCUCAUCAAGACAAAAUUCUUACAAAUUUAGGCCUCAAGAUCACAUUCUUGAUCUAAAUCUAACUAUCUCCGACGACGACAUUGAUACCGGAGUUUACCGCCGAAAAGUGGUCGACAGGUCACCCAUAAAAGCUAGGAACCGGGUCGUGUCGGGUCAACUAUCCGGUGAGCUUCAUACUGUUAGGAAAUCACCGGUGAGAGGAAAUGAACAGUCUCCGGUUCGGGUCAGACUUCUCCCUGAAAGAAAUGGUCGCGGACCUGGGUUUGGGUCCACGGGUCGACCAAGUCGGGUUUCGGGUAAUGGCAAUGUGGUUGCUAGUCGUUCGAGGUCCCCUGCGAAACGUACGGGUAUGGGUUGUGGUUCCGGUGGUAGGAAUGAUAUUAGUAGGAGUAUGUCCGACAGGAGGACCGGGAAAUCUCCGGGUCGGGUUGGAUCGGAUUUGAAUGAGAAAGUCCGAAAACCCGAAUUGAGAUCGGGUCGGGGUAGGGAGGAGAGUAAUCGGUUUAUGGCAAAUACAAACAAUGAUGAAUCACUUGAAAAUCCACUUGUGUCCUUGGAGUGUUUUAUUUUUCUUUAG